CCUCUGCAGAUGCGAGGACGCGCCGGCGUCGCCAGCUUACGGGCUCAUUCAUUCCUCCAUUCUUUCCUUGUUGCGGCUGGGGCUGAGGGGGCUGAGACAGUCAAGCCGGGAGAUUACGUUAUCGCUUCGUCUCUCGUUUUGUCUUGUCUGUUGUCUCUCGUCUCUCCUCUCGUCUUGUCUCGCAUCUCACGUCUCUACGCUCGCCUCCCGGUGCCCGGUUUCCGGUGUCCGGCAUCCGGCCUCCGGCCUCCGGGGUAGCGGUCGAGCGCUCGG